GAGACUGGCGGCCUUGGCUCUUAUUGUUGUUACAUACUUCACCUGCACCACUUGGGUAGUGGUGUUAGGGAGCUGAAUGUUUGCCUCGAGGCUGUCAAUUCCACUGUUGUACAUUGGGUGCCCAAACGCUUCUGUCCUGCUACAGCAAUUAAACCUGAGACGACUUUUUCUUUUCCUGGUAAUCAGCCGUGCCCUAAGAAGAUCAGGAGAAUAUUGUGAUAAGAUACAGUAAUCAGUAAAGAGCAGGGCAACAGCUUGCUUGCUACAGUUGCAAUGCGGUAUUUAAGGAUGUGUUGUCUGCAGCCGAGCACACCCUGGAGUGUAUCGAACCUUCAACCCCCAUAAAGAAACCAGAGUUUGUGGCAAAGGAAAAAUGUACCCCAAAUAAAGUAAAGAUACCAAGACCUCCAAGAACUUGGAUAAGGGAAUAUGAAGCUAUACUCUUGAAGUGCAUGAUGGAACAUGUUAAUGUUAUUGGAGAAGCAAAGGCGAAGGUCGGCAAAAAACCAUACACAAUUGUCAUGGAAGAACUAGCAAAGGAACUACGAGUAUCUAUUGGGGAAUGGGUUGACAGGAAGUCUAUUAUAAAAAAAUGGUUGGGCUUGUUGCGGCGGGUCAGGAACUUCGAUGCACUCCAGAAGGGUAAUCAAAUGCUAGGCUACCUUCAUCUUGAUCCUCCAGAGUUUUAUGGAUCUAUUAAAGAAAUUGAUAGAGAAAUCCAAAAGGUAAAACUAAGAGUACAGCGGGAAAGAAAACAGAAAAAAGAUAAAAAUGAAGAUACAGAGGAAACUGCACCAGAAAGCACCAAAAACAACAGUGAUAAAUUUGGAGUGAAAGACUGUAAGGUGGAAGCUGAUAUCGAGUAUAUUGUGGAAGGUGGUACCCAUGAUCGAAAAUGCAUUGAGGUGGUUGAUGUUGCAAAUACAAUGAUGCGCAAAGAUAUUGUGAUCUCAAUUUUGAAUCGGCUAGAGCAAGGAAUUUUUACUCCUGGAGAUAUUGCACAAGAGUUUGAGAUUGAUGAGAUUUUUUUGGAGCUGAUAAAACAAAGAAAGGAAAUCAUUAUACAAGGAAUUGAAAGGUGCUCCUUGUGUCACCUUUUACUUAUUAAUAAGAAAGAUCUGGUAUCACAUGAACUACAGUGUUCUGCUAAGAAUAACUGGGUCAAAAGUUGUACAGAUGACAGAGUUGACAAUGACAGUUUCCAGUUUUUCCCAGCUACAGUUGAACGACUAGUUCAGCUUGUCAUAGAGACCAACCCACGUGAAAACAGAAGAAACACGUGGAAAAAAAUUGCAUUUCACCUGUCUGGCCUCCAAGAUGGUGUGACAGUGAAACGCUGCAACCAGAAGUGGCGCAACCUUGUUAAUCAGUGCCGGUCUUAUGAACAAUUGGAUAAGUGGGCCAUAGCUCAUAAUUAUACACACUCUAGACCUAUGCCUGAAUUCUACCAUUUGAUUAUGCCAUAUGUAAGUGCUUCAGAGGGCAAAAGGGCUCGACCCUCUCUUGAUGAAAUUCGAAAAUUCAUUUCUACAAGCAAGGGUGUUGGCAGAGAUGAUGAUGGUAGCUGGGAUGAAUCCAAUAAUUUCAAUGAUGGUGGGGAUGAAGACAAUGAUGAAAGUCCAGGAGAUUAUGAAGACCCUGAUUUAAAUGAUUCCUGUGAUCACCUUGACGAGGCUUCCAAGUCAAAAUCCACACCAGAGCCUCCUAAUGAUGAAGUUUCUAAUGUAAAAAUGCCUUCCCAAUCACACACACUAUCAGAUCCACCAAAUGAUGUAGUUACCACUGUGAAGUUGCCCACCAGAUCAAAAUCUGUAUCAGAUUCUCCUAGUAAACAGUGCACUGGAGAGUCGAGCAAAGUUACUAAGCCUAAAGUGAGUGAUCCAGGUGAUAACAAGGCCCAAGAAACCAUCAAGAAUCAAGCAGAGCUCAUAACAAAGUUUGGAACCAAGUUGGAUAAUGCUUUAGUUCUGCUGAGAGAUAUGGCAAGAGAGAAUCAGCGACUAUGCAAAGUGGCAGAUACAAAAUCAAAUUCUAGCAUGGCAAAUGUUGUGGAGAAGAUUUGUAAGGUAAUUCAAAUGCAGUUAGAAAUGCAAAAUCAGAUGAUGAAACGCUUUGAUAUAAUGACAAACAUGUGGGAACGUCAUCAUCAGGAGAAUCUAGAUGUUAUGAAGACACUCAUUGUGGAAAUAAGUCCAAAAGCUGCAUCUAAAUUAUAUGUUAAGAAGAGUACAGAACAGACAGCAAACCUAAAUCAGUCAAAUAACAGCACUACAGUAAAAUCAAAGCAGGUAUAUGUUCAAGAGGGAAGUGAACCAGACCAAACUUAUAACAGUAAGGGAAUGAAACCAAGUCAGACAUACAAGAGGAGCAUCAAACCCAAACAGACAGGCAAAAGCAUUAAGACUGACACAACAAAACUGCAUCAGACUUGUAGCAGUAAGCAGACAGAGACAAAUCGGCAGUGCAUAAUUAUGACUAGAAAACGAGGUCGACCUGGCAGCAGUGACUCUGCAAAAGUAGACAAUAUAAGCAACACACAGACAACAAAACUAGAUGGCACAUGCAAUAGUGUGACCAAAACAAGUCAGGAAAGUGACAGUAAGACAGGGAAAUCAGAGGAUGAAAUGCCAAAUAAAAGAAUAAAAAAAAAGAAAGUCAUUUAUGACUAUUAAUUCUGUACAAUAGUUCAUAAUGGAAAGUUUUUAUUACUGUAAUUCUGUGAGAUAUAAUAAAUACAAAUUUUAUUAUUAGUUCA